AUGCAAACAUGUAUGCGAGCGACCAAUACCCUAUUAGAAAAGAAGGUGCUCCCUUCUGUGAUCACUAAGAAUCCAUCUCUUACUAAUAAACAGAAAUUCAAGAAGAUUUGUCAUUUAAUGAAAAGUAAACCUCUGGAGGAUAUCCUUAAACCAAAUUCCCCAACUUUACCAAGAAUGGCAAAGCUGUUAGAAUCGAUGACUACGGUAAGGAAGUUUAGAACCGCUAACAAUAGACUGCGAACUCACUUCGGAGAUGAUUACCAACGCAUUCACGCAUCUCUCUUGAAACAUUCUAAUGACCCAGAACUUCUUAAACUCGGUACGUUUGAAAAGUUUUCCCCUGUUCAAUAUGCUUAUUUCAUCAAGCUUUUAAGAUCAACCAUUGCAAAUAAAAAGUUGACAAAAUUGCAGAUCAGAAACCGAUUGUAUAGGAUUAUUACAAGGGAAACAGAUAUCUUUUACGGAAUGAAAGGUCAUUCUGUAUUUGUUCUUCCUGAUGACAUUCACCAAUGGUUUUUUUAUAACAUCCCAAAGGAAGAAUCAUUCAAACAUUAUUAUUUUUUAAUAAAAAAGAGAAUUCAUCUAAGUGCAUCACCAAAUGUAUGGAAUUUUACUAAGCGUCUGUUGCAAGGUUCGGAAUUAGAACUUCAAUUGGCAACUUUCCAGAUUUUCUUGCAUGAUGAAUCCAGCCAGGAAAUCUUUCGAAAGAAUUUUGUUGACCUAUAUGAUUUUAAUGCCAUGGUGCAAGUAUUCAAUAAAUUAUUACAAAAGGGGGAUUAUCGAUUUGUGACAUUUUAUUUGAUUGCUCUCAUUGAGAAAUUAGAAAAGUCAAAUUCUAGACGUAGGAUGACCAUCCAAUCGAGAAGCAUUGCAUUUUUAAAAUUCAAUAAUGCCUUAAUGCAUUGUAUUUCUCGAAUUGGUGACCUAAAGUUAUUUUCACUGGUAUUCAAAUUCCAAUUGGCAUAUUUGGAGCAGACAAACGUUAUUCAUGAGAAUCCUAAAAUUUUAAACCUGUUAAACAAACCAUUACAUGACUUUCUUAGAAUAUUACGAAAGAAGGGGCUUCAUAAUGAAUUAUUUCAAACAAUCCUUAAGAUUCAAGAAAUGCCAACUACAAAAUCUUAUAUGUUCAAAAAAUAUGUUAUUGGUGAACUAAUAUCAUCUGUUUCCUCAUUCAAUGAUCCAAAAUUAACAUGUCAAUAUGUGCUUUCAGUUCCGAAUCCAAAGUCCUUAGCCAUGACUCUAAAUAAACUGGGUUUAUGGGGAUGUAUUUUCCAUUCCUCUUCAAAAAUACUUUCGGAGGAUGAUGUAACUAUGCAGUUGAAUAGCAUCCCGAGGGUACUUUCGUCCACUAUGUGCAUUAAGGAAGAGCAUAACAUUCAUUUUUUGACAGAGUUGUAUAAAGUACUACUUGCUACCAAUCAUACUGUGCUAGACAAAGAAAAGUAUAAAGAAUUUUUACUCUUUCUCUAUCAUAAUUAUUUGACUGUCCUAAAAGAAGGGGGCCUGACUUGGAUGUUGGAUUCACGGAUUCUUUACGUACUUUUAUAUCACGUUAGAGAACAUUUGAAAGAUGAUUUUUUGUCAUAUCAACUUUUAAAGACUUUUUUGAACAGCCCAGUAUCCAAAAAGAUGAAAAUAUCUGGAACAGCUUGCCCAUUCACGCUGGUACUUUACGAUAAUUAUGCAAUUCAACAGCAGGAUAUUAGUGACCUGCUAACUUCAAUGAAUGAACAUGGUAUGCCUAUAUCUUUCAACUUUUGUGUCUCCAUGGUUUUCCGAUAUUUGGACUGGAAUAAUAAAGGAGAAGCAUACAAAUGGUACCAAAAGAUAGUUUAUGGUAACUUUGAAAUAAGACAUCGGCGGUUAAUUGAAGCAAUUAAGAGUAACAAGUGGGAAUUCCCAAAGCAUUUUAAUAGAGAACUGUUAGAAACACCAGAUGAUAAUGAGCCCAAUUUUGAUGGUAUUGAUGACAUUAGGAGAACUGAAUUGUUGUUGGAAAAUGAAGACGAUGAUGGAAGGAAAGAAGAGGAGGAAAUCGGAGAAGUUAAAACAAUAAUUGAAAUGCUCUCUGCAAUCAAAAAGUAG